UACUUGCAUGAUUCAUUUUUGAUACAUCACGCCGAUUUGCGAAUGGUAAGUUGAAGUGACGGUUUAGAAUCAAAAGAACAAUUGUUCAUCAUUAAUAUUUCAAGGCGUGAAAACGAUUGAAAGCUAUUGGAAAAUAAAUUAGAUUUAAGAAAAUGUUUCGCAAUCAGUAUGACAGUGAUGUCACAGUUUGGAGUCCUCAGGGACGUUUACAUCAAGUGGAAUAUGCAAUGGAGGCUGUAAAGCUGGGGUCAGCAACUGUUGGUCUUAAAAGUAAGACUCAUGCUGUAAUUGUAGCUUUGAAAAGAGCAACAUCAGAAUUAUCUUCUCAUCAGAAAAAAAUAUUCCCAAUUGACAGACAUGUUGGAAUUGCCAUGUCUGGUCUUACUGCUGAUGCUAGAAUGUUGAGCCGUUACAUGAGAACAGAAUGUCUGAAUUACAAAUAUUCACAUGAUGAUGCCUUACCAGUCAGUCGCUUGAUCACAUCACUAGGUAACAAAAUGCAAACUUGUACACAGCGUUAUGAUAGAAGGCCUUAUGGUGUUGGUUUGUUAGUUGCUGGUUAUGAUGAUCAAGGUCCACAUAUUUAUCAGACAUGUCCAUCUGCUAAUUACUUUGAUUGUAAAGCAAUGGCUAUUGGUGCCAGAUCACAAAGUGCUCGCACUUAUUUGGAGAAACAUUUGAAUGAGUUUCCUGGGUGUGAGUUAGAUGAUCUUAUUAAGCAUGGUUUAAGAGCAUUACGUGACACUCUACCAAAUGAAGCAGAUUUAUCUACUAAGAAUGUUUCCAUUGGUAUUGUUGGCAAAGGUACUGAGUUUUCCAUUCUAGAUGAAAUAGUAAUGCAACGUUAUUUGUCUGAAAUUGAGGGUGAUGACAAACGUGGAAGACCGACCGAGGGUGAGAUUCAAUCUGAUGAUAGACCGCCUCAAGAUCCACCAUCUGAUCCUGGUCCAAGAGAUCCAUCUGUUGCUGUUGCAACAGAGCAAAGACAAUCUGCUAUGGAUACAGAAUAAUUGAAGUAACUUGUUCUUAUUUUUCGAACUCAACUUUUGAAUACAAACAAAAAAUAAAGAUUAAUUCACCGUAAUGUUUCUUAAAAUAACAAACGAUGUUCGUUUAUUCUAUAAAUUUUUACAACAGUUAAAACUUACAAAACUCGAGAUCCAGCCGGACAUUA